AUGAGUUCCAAACAAAAACAAUGUGAAAGAAUUCAACAACAAUUUGAAGAUGAGAGAAUAAAUCGAGAAAUUAUCAAAUCACUCAAGUUAAACUCUCCUGAAUUAGAAGAAGAAUCAUUAGUUAAACAAUUUUUAAUAAUUGGUUCUGAUGCUGCAGAACAACCAAAUUAUCAGUCAAGUGGAUAUAAAAAGAAGAUUGGAGUUGUAAAACCAAAAAUUCUUUUUCAAUUUCCUUCAAUUUCGUUGGAUGGAUUUUCCUAUAAUUUAUUAGAACAGUUUUGCUUUCCUGAUGUCACUUAUCGUAAGAAAAGAACUCGUCAAAAAGAAAAAGAUUUGAUUACUGCACAACAAAAAAUUUAUUGUGAUCAUCUUCAUUAUCAUAAAGUCUUUUCAUUUGUUUUUCCUGGAAAGAGGAAUGAAUUGUUUGCUAUUGGACUAAGAAAAAAACGUUUUAUGUCAAGAGAUCCAAAAGAAUAUGAAACAGAAAAUAUAUGUUAUAUUUUAUUAACGUCAGUUCCUUUCUUUGAAAUACAUUACCAUUUGUUAGAGAAUAUUUUAAUGGAUUCUGGUUUAAAUGAUUUUGUAUCUUCUUCAAUUGACUCAACACAAACAAAUAAUUCUGGACUAGUCUUAAAAUCUAUUCAAAAUUUAAUCUCGGUUUUUACAGAUUAUCAAAAAAUCACAGUAACCCCUUCAACCCAAACUAUUAGUUUUAAAUUCCCUAAUGAAACAAAUGAAUUUUUUUAUGAUUGUUGUUGUGAUAUGCCACUAACUUAUCAUUAUUCUGAAUUAUAUCUAUUAACAUUAUUUGAAGAAUAUAACAUUUUAGAUUUACUUAAAAUGGUAACAGCAUUUAUGUUAGAACAUAAGAUUUUAUUAGUUUCAAAGAAUUUAUUAUUACUUUCAGCAACAAUACAUUUUCUUCUUUCAUCAAUUACACCAUUUAAAUUUGAGAGUUCUAUUAUAUCUGUUUUAUGUCCUGAGCUUUAUACUGUUUUAGAAGCACCGACACCUUUAUUAGUAGGAAUGACACAUCUUCCAACGAAUAUACCAAUAACAAAAGAAUAUACAUUCAUUGCAGAUUUAGACAAUAAAAAAUUUAUAACUCCUAUUACAUUUUUAUUACCAAAUGCAAAUGGAUGGGUGGCAGAAGAAAUUAAUAGAACAUUAAAUGAGUCUCCUAAAAGAAAUACUAAAAUUCAAUUACCACAAACACAAUUAAUAGAAAAUGAAAUUGGAACAACAAGACAUAUUAUGGAUGUAUUUAAAAAAGCUAUGGAAAUUAUUAUUGAACCAUUUCCAUGUUGUUGUAUUAAAAGUGUAUAUGAAGAACACGGUAAAGAAGAUAUUUCAUGUUUUAUGCCAGAAGUAUUUUUUGCAUGGUGGGAAGAGAAAGAUCUUUUAUUUAUCAAACAAUUUGUAAAAACUCAAAUGUUUGAAAAUUUUAAGAUGAGAAAAUUAUUAGAAAUUGAUUCAAAAAAGAAGAAAGAGAAGAAAAAACAAAGCGAAUAA